CUUAUUCAACAUGGCUGCGCCCGGUACUAACCUUGCAAGGUUCCGAGAAGUUGGAAAGAAAAUCUUGGCGAUUGGGCGAAAUUACAAGUCACAUGCUGCGGAACUUAACAACCCUAUCCCAAAGAAUCCCUUGGUAUUCAUCAAGCCAACCAGCUCCUACAUUGUCGAGGGUCAGCGAAUCAAGUUUCCACCUGGCUGCAGUGAGCUCCAUCAUGAAGUUGAGCUCGGUGUUGUCAUUGGUAAAGGCGGGAGCAACAUUUCUGAGUCAGAUGCGAUGGAACACGUUGGAGGUUAUGUCGUUGCCCUUGACAUGACCGCACGCGAUCUUCAGGAUUUCGCCAAAAAGAACGGUCAUCCUUGGUCACUCGCCAAAUCCUGGGAUACGUCUUGUCCUGUCAGCAAUUUCAUUGAAAAGGACAAAAUUCCAAAUCCUGCCAACCUUGACCUCUGGCUCAAGGUCAAUGGAGAGCUGAAACAAAAAGGAAACACAACAGACAUGAUUUUCCCUAUUCCGUUCCUGAUCAGUUUUCUUAGCAGUUAUUUUACGUUAGAGGAAGGAGAUUUAUUGUUGACCGGUACGCCAUCUGGUGUCGGUCCAGUAAAAGAAGGGGAUGAAAUCCAGGCAGGGUUGUCAGAUAUUGCUUCUAUCACCUUCAGUGUGGCUGAAGAUAAGUGAUUUUAUUGAAAUCAGGGUUUUUUCUGUGACAACAAUCAAUAACCUGUACACUGGUGCUAUAAUCAGGAAAAUGCAUGGACAUACAAAUAGUAUUCAAGAUCAUUAUACAUAUUAAAGUCAGAAAUAGCUGACUGCCUUUUUUU